ACAGGCACUUCCGCUGACGCCUGGGCGCUCACCCCUGCGCGGCCCAGCGGAGCUCAGCGGAGCUCAGCAGAGCGAGUGCGGCGCGAUGGAUCGGGCGCAGGUGAUAAAGGUCCUCCUGGCCCGGCCUUUCCGGGCCGACGCGCGUCGGUGGAGGAACCCGAUUCCCUUUCCCGAGACGUUUGACGGCGAUACCGACCGGCUCCCGGAGUUCAUCGUGCAGACGGGCUCCUACAUGUUAGUGGACGAGAAGACGUUCUCCAGCGACGCCCUGAAGGUGACGUUCCUCAUCACCCGCCUCACGGGGCCCGCCCUGCAGUGGGUGAUACCCUACAUCAAGAAGAACAGCCCCCUCCUCAACAAUUACCGGGGCUUUCUGGCCGAGAUGAAGCGGGUCUUUGGAUGGGAGGAGGACGAGGACUUCUAGGCCGGGACACCCUCGGGCCUGGGGGCGGGUGCUCUGGGGAGGGUCCUCUGUGCCAGUUGCUGCCUCCAGGGUCGCCAGCGGCGCCCUUCUGUGUUGCCUCCCUCUCCCUACCUCCAGAUCCGGAGAUCUUCCUGAGCUCCAGUCCCCUGUGGCGUUGUACUUGCCUUUGUUCGAGGAAAAGCGCUCCAGGCUGGUGCUGCUUCCUCUGGGCCUCACUCUGGAGAGCGCCGCCGCCCUCUCCUGCCAGCCCAGCCCCUCCCAUGCACAUUUGGACAGUUGUCCCGUGCUCCAGCUGCAAGCUGGGCUCCCGUUACACACUGGACAGACCACCAGCAGCCGGUCGCUGCGCACCGCCCCCCUGCCACACUGCCAGAUACUUCAUCAUUCUGCUCACACACCUGUGCUGCACUGCCAUCACCGUUGCCAUUCACUGCAUCCCACCACCAGACUGCUGCUCUUAGUGAUCUGGACUCACCUCGGAGUUCUCUGAACUGGCCACAGCCUUUGGACAAUGAUUCAGACAGCUGGCCAUCCUUUGUGUUCCUGCCAGAUGGCUUCCAGGGCCCUGGUGUGCCUGGUGGCCAAAUCCAGUCACUUAUUUUUCCUCUGGACCAGUUAGUUUUUCUCAGAAUCCAUUUCUCUUCUGA